UUCUACUAAUAAGUGACCCACUAUAGUUGUGACUAUAGUAUAAUAGAGGGCAGUGUACCUACCGAGUACCGCUUACUAAUAGGUACCCAAAGAGUCUACCUAUUUCUAAAAAAAUAAAUAAAAAUCCAAGUUAAGGGUAGCGCAAAGCGCCUGAGCUGUAAAAUAUGCGUAAUCAUAUUAGUUAAAUCGACGUUUCAGGAUUUAAAGAAAUCGUUCAUUCCAAGAAAAUAACAUGCAAGCAAAAAAACGCUAUUUUUUUUUAAUUCUAUCAUGUUUCCUGGCUGUAUACUGCUUUAUCACCAGUUUCUACUUGAAUCCUAGAAGAAGUCAUAAAUCACGUCGAGGGCAGUUGCCCACAUUCGCUACUUUCGAUGAGUUAUAUGAAUCACCAUCUCGUCAAAAAAGAAAUCCUCAAACAACUACAAAAUCAUGUAGAAUGCAAACUUGUUUUGAUUUUUCGAAAUGUGGUAGUGACCCGAAAGUGUAUGUGUACCCCACUGAUGGUCCAGUAAGUGCCACAUACCGUAAAGUUCUGUCUGUGAUAAGGGAGUCAAGGUACGCUACACACGACCCUACUGAGGCUUGCCUGUUUAUACCAGCUGUUGAUACUUUAGAUGCUGAUCCAUUGUCCCCUGAGCAUAUUCAAGAUGUUGCCUCAAGACUUUCCCGACUUCAAUACUGGAAAAAUGGUCGCAAUCAUGUAAUCUUUAAUUUAUAUGCAGGCACCUGGCCUGAUUAUGCAGAAGGGGCUUUAGGAUUUGAUUCAGGUGAAGCUAUAAUGGCACGAGCAAGUGCUUCGGAAUCAAUUUUCCGUGAUGGGUUUGAUAUAUCAUUGCCAUUGUUUCACAAAGAGCAUCCAGAGCGUGGUGGUUUGCCCCCUGCAGCAACAGGAAACCCUUUCCCAGCUCCUCGAAAACAUUUACUUGCAUUUAAAGGGAAACGCUAUGUACAUGGCAUUGGUAGUGAAACAAGGAAUUCUUUAUGGCAUUUACAUGAUGGUAACCAAUUAAUCUUAGUGACAACUUGUAGACAUGGUAAAUCUUGGAAGGAUUUAAGAGAUGAGAGAUGUGAUGAAGAUAAUAAGGAAUAUGAUAAAUUUGACUAUGAGCAAUUAUUAGCAAAUUCUACUUUUUGUCUUGUGGCUCGUGGCAGACGUCUUGGUUCUUACCGGUUUUUAGAAGCAUUAGCUGCAGGUUGUGUUCCAGUUUUGUUAAGUAAUGGGUGGAGAUUACCUUUUGACGAGCGCAUUGAUUGGCGACGUGCAGUCAUCUGGGCUGACGAGCGACUUCUUUUACAGGUGCCUGAGCUAGUACGCUCAGUUUCUGCUGAGCGUGUUCUUGCAUUGAGGCAGCAGACACAACUUUUGUGGGAACAAUAUUUUUCUUCAAUUGAGAAGAUAGUUUUUACAACUAUAGAGAUAAUAUUAGAACGAAUAAUGGCUCACAGAUCAUCGCGACAGCGUGAAGCAUUGAUUUGGAAUGCGUCUCCAGGUGCAUUGGGCACAUUGUCAUCCUACGGGGACUCUCGUGCCCACCUUCCCAUCGCCGCGCCCGCACUCUCCGCGCCUCGAGCUCCCUCCCCGCCACCCGGCCCUCUUCCCGCGCCCUCCCUCCCCCUCACUGCGCCCCCGCCCACGCCAGGCGUCAGCUUUACAGCCCUACUGUAUGUACAGGCUACAUCACCAGCGUUACACAAGCUCCUUGCUAACAUAGCCAGCAGCGAAUUCUGUGAAAAGGUGGUCCUUGUGUGGGAUAGUGAGCGUGCCGCGCCAUCUUUAAAGUCACUUUCCAGAACGGCUGGUGACCUACGCGACCCCUUACCUGUAAUAGUUAUCGACGCCACUACACAUUAUCCAGGGGAAGGCGUGUCAGCACGCUGGCAACCUCUUUGGGCAAUACCUACAGCGGCAGUGUUUUCUUUAGACGGAGACGCGCCCAUGUUAGCUGAGGAGUUAGAUUUCGCUUUCCGUGUGUGGCAAGAAUUUCCGGAGCGAAUUGUCGGUUACCCAGCUAGGAACCACUUUUGGGAUGAAUCUAAGGGCGCGUGGGGCUACAGCAGCAAGUGGGGCGGCUCGUACUCGAUGGUGCUGCCGGGCGCCGCGCUGGUACACCGCGCGCUGUUGGCGCUAUACGGCGCCGCCGCGCCCGCGCUUCGCCUGGCCGUGCGGCGCGCGCGCAACUGCGAGGACAUCCUGCUCAACUGCCUCGCCGCGCACGCCACGCGCCGUCCGCCUCUCAAGCUCGCUCAGCGCCGCCGCUACAAGCCGCAGCACCACCGAUACAGAUCCUCAUGGAGUGAUCCAGAACAUUUCGUCCAGCGGCAGUCGUGUCUGAACACGUUCGCAGCUGCAUGGGGCUAUAUGCCACUUGUGCGUUCUGUUCUACGGCUUGAUCCUAUUCUGUUUAAGGAUCCAGUGUCCACGUUAAGAAAGAAAUAUAGAAAAAUGGAAUUAGUUACAUCUUAAUAACAAUUUAUGUAUUAUUUUUAUUUAUAACCAAUAAAAAGACUUCCUUCAAUACU